AUGUGCAUAUUUUAAAGGGGUACAGAAAUUUUGAAAAGCAACAACUAAGUGAAUAUGUACAUAUGUAUAUAGAAAUGUGUACUAUAUCUUGGUUGCUGAAAGGUGUCACAAUCAAGGUGUUGAAUUGAAUAGAUAAAUAAUUGUAGUUAUAGACCAAUAGUUAUUUAUGUAUUAUUUUUAGGAAUCAUAUUAAUGGAUUGAGAGUGAGUCACGUUUACCCUUUAAAGAACUCGCAUCUGUUAAAAGUUAAAAUUAAAAUACCAUACUAGGGGUUCUGUUUAAUAUCGCGCCGGUUAAUUUUGGCUCACUGUACCUAAACGAGAGAACCAAAUUGAAAAUUUUAAACACGCAUGUAUGCUUAAAUUAUCGAACUUUAUUUUAAAACAUAUUUUAUAAAAAUCGGUCCACAAAUUUUUCCACAAAUUCACUUUAAAAAAUGCUAUGUUUUCCUUCGGCGUUAUUGAAAAUAAAAAUAUUAUUAUAAAACAAUGUGCGAAAUUGCAAAUGGACACGCUUUGCGUGUCGUAUGUCCCGCGAAGAAAUAUUGCGCGAGGACUAUACAAAUGACGGGAAAACUUUGUCAUCUGCAACAAUACAAGACUGGUAUAGUUAUUGCCGAGAGGCCGUGGUAAUAUACCAGUUGGACCACCAAUAUGAACAAGGAAAAGUUGGUGGUCCGGGAAAAAUUGUUCAGAUCAACGAGAGUAAAUUUGGGCAGCGGAAGUACAAAAAAGGCAGGCGCGUAGAGGGACACUGGGUUCUUGGGAUGAUUGAAGAUGGUAGCGAGGACAUACGCCUCGAAGUAUGUCCUGACAAUCUUCGAACGGCGGACAUUUUAAUUCCAUUGAUCCAGAAGCACGUUGCUGAAGGAAGCAUAGUUCGGACGGACUGCUGGCGGGCAUAUGACGCAUUACCAAAUUUUGGGUACGUCCACCAAAAAGUGAAUCACAGUGAUGACACCAACCCUUUCGUUUCCGAAGAUGGUGUUCAUACGCAGCGGAUUGAGUCGCAAUGGCGCGUAGUGAAACGUUUCUUUUACAAAGCCAACUAUAAUCACACCGCCAACUUCGCCGACGUCAUCGUCGAAUAUAUGUGGCGGCGAUCUAUUCAAAAAUAAGAAAAAGAUCCCUUUGUAUCAUUAAUAGAUGCAAUUAAAUAUGUAUAUACAUUGCACUGAAACAUUUUGGUUUUCUUUAUUUUGAUUUCUUGUCCAUACAAAAAUGU